UCCAUUACAGCAGAAGAGAACACACUCCACCAGACCCAACUGUGUGUUUAUGCAAAUUCUAAUAACAUUCAAAUAUGGAGACUUCUGAUCUGAACACAGAUAACAUGUCCCCGCCCUUAAAAAAAUGUAAACCCCAGGACCAGAGAUCAGCAUCACCAGCACCCAGCUGUAUCUCCAUGAAGAGUGACUGGUCUAUGGAACAGCCUCCAGAGUUAAAAUAUGGAGACUCCUCACCUCUACACAGUAACCCACAGGCACAGAGAUCAGCAUCACCAGCACCCAGCUGUGUCUCCAUGAAGAGUGAACAGUCUAUGGAUCCGCUUGACAAAUUUAAAGAUGGAGACUCCCCACUUCUACAAAGUAAGCUCCAGAUAAAGCAAAAACCAUCAGCACUCAGCUGUAUCUCCAUGAAGAGUGAUCACUCUAUGGAUCCUCCUCCGAAAUUUACAGAUGGAGACUCUAAACUUCUACAUGGUGUUCUACAGGAUGCAGGAUACAGAACAGAAAAAAACAUCAUCACAGAUACAGAGUCUGACCGAGAAUCUGCUCCUAUAAAUGAAUUUCAGAAAAAGUUUAAAUUAAAUCUGAUGAAGAAAUGUGAGUGUUUGAAUGGAGUGAUAAUAAACCAGGAAAACCGAACCCUCCUGAAUGAGAUCUACACAGAGCUCUACAUCACAGAGGGAGACAGUGGAGACGUCAAUAAAGAACAUGAGGUGAGACAGAUCGAGGCAGCAUCCAGGAGAACAACAACAGAGGAAACACCAAUCCAAUGCAAUGACAUCUUUAAGCCCUUAUCUGAACAAGACAAACCCAUCAGAACUGUGCUGACAAAGGGAGUCGCUGGCAUCGGAAAAACUGUCUCUGUGCAGAAGUUCAUUCUGGACUGGGCUGAAGGGAAAACAAAUCAGGACGUCCACCUCAUAUUUCCACUUCCUUUCAGAGAGCUGAAUUUGAUGAAGGACCAAAAACUGAGUCUGAUGGAGCUCCUUCAUGUCUUCUGUAACGAAACAAAGAAAAUAAAAAUGUACCGUUUGGAAAAGGUUCUGUUCAUUUUUGAUGGAUUGGACGAGUGUCGUUUUCCUCUAGAUUUCCAGAACACAGUGAGUGUGUGUGAUGUAACUGAAUCAGUAUCAGUGCCUGUGCUGCUGGUAAACCUGAUCAAAGGGAAUCUGCUUCCCUCUGCUCUCAUCUGGAUCACCUCCCGACCAGCAGCAGCUGAUCAAAUCCCCUCUGAGUGUGUCCAUCGAGUCACAGAGGUACGAGGGUUCAAUGACCCACAGAAGGAGGAGUAUUUCAGGAAGAGGAUCAGUGAUCAGAGCCUGGCCAAUAACAUCAUCACACACCUGAAGUCAUUAAGAAGCCUCUACAUCAUGUGCCACAUCCCAGUUUUCUGCUGGAUUUCAGCCGCUGUUCUAGAGAGAAUGUUGGGUGAAGCAGAGAGUGGAGAGAUCCCCAAGACUCUGACUCAAAUGUACACACACUUCCUCAUCAUUCAGAUAAACAUCAUAAGAGAAAAGUAUUUAAAGAAGCAGAAGAGUAAUGAAGAAAUGCUUCUUAAACUGGGACAACUGGCUUUUGAGCAGCUGAAGAAAGGGAACCUGAUCUUCUAUGAGGAAGACCUGAGAGAGUGUGGCAUUGAUGUGAGAGAAGCAGCAGUGUACUCAGGUGUGUGUACGCAGAUCUUCAGAGAGGAGUUUGGGCUUCACCAGAGUAAAGUGUACUGCUUUGUUCAUCUGAGUAUUCAGGAGCACCUCGCAGCUCUGUAUGUGCACCUGGAGUUCAAAAUAGAAAACCGAAAUGCUCUUAAAAACACUCUGCAAAAGAAAAAGAUUACAGUUUUAGAUGUACAGAAGUGUGCUGUAGAUCAGGCUUUAGAAAGUCAGACUGGACAUCUGGAUCUUUUCCUUCGCUUUCUUCUGGGUCUUUCGCUGAAGUCCAGUCAGGAUCUCUUACAGACCUUAGUAUCACCGAUAGGAAGUAACUACCAGAGCGAAGAGAAAACAGUUCAGUACAUUAAGAAGAUGAUCAGUGAAGAUCUUCCUACAGAAAAAUCCAUCAAUCUGUUCCACUGUCUGAAUGAACUGGGUGAUAAUUCUCUAGAGGAGGAAAUCCAACACUACCUGAAAUCUGGAAAACGAAGUAAACUCUCUUCCUCACAGUGGUCUGCUCUGGUGUUUGUGUUACUGACAUCAGCACAGGAGCUGGAAGAGUUUGACCUGAAUAAAUAUAUCAGUGAAGAUAAGAUAACAGAAGCUGUUCUUCUGAAGGUGAUGCCUGUGAUUGCAGCAUCCAGAAAAUCAAUUAUCACCUGUGAUAAACGGGGAAUAAAAACCUGGUCAGCUCUGGUCUCAGCGCUUCACUCCGAAACCUCAAAUCUGACAGAAUUGCAUCUAACUGUGAAAAUCCUGGAUCUGACUGGGAAUAACCUAAAUGACUCAGGGGUGAAGUGUCUCUCUGCUGGACUAGAGCAUCCCUACUGUAAAGUUGAAACACUGAGAUUGCGUGAUUGUGGUGUCUCAGAUGAAGGCUGUGCUGCUCUGACUUCAGCUCUGAGAUCAAACCCCUCACACCUGAGAGACCUGGAUCUGUCCUGUAAUAAUGUAGGAGACUCAGGAGUGAAGUGUCUCUCUGUUCUACUGGAGAAUCCUCUCUGUAAACUGGAGACA